CAAGCAUGCAAACAGAAGCACCACCUUCCACAGCACUAAAUACUACACCAGGAAAGCCAAUAAGAGCAUCAUCUCUAGCUGCAAUACUAAGCACACAAACUAGCGCACCACCUUCUGAUACACCAGAUUCUACAUCAGGCAAGCCAAUAGGAGCCCAACAUGUCGGUGCACCAGCUGCAAAACAAGAUAAGUCAAUAGAAGCACCACCUUCUGCUACACCAGAUGCAUCACCAGGCACGCAAAUAGGAACAUCACCUCUCAAUGCACCAGCUGCAACACCAGGAAUGCCUAUUGGAGCAUCAUCUCCCGAUGCAUCAACUGCAACAUCAGGUACACCAAUAGGAGCACCAUGUCCUGGUGCACCGACUGCAACAUCAGGCAAACCUAUAGGAUCAUCACCUCCUGGUGCAACGGCUGCAACAUCAGGCAAACCUAUAGGAUCAUCACCUCCUGGUGCAACGGCUGCAACAACAGGUACACCUAUAGGCUAAGCGUGUCCUGGUGCACCUGCUGCAACAUCAGGUACAUCAAUCGCAGCACCACCUGUUGAUGCAUCAACUGCAACACCAGGAACACUAAUAGGAGCACCACCACCUAUAUCAAAAGCAAGUGAACCUGUUUCGGGUGAUAAAGUUCCUAAUACCACAUCCGGGAGAAACCAACAUAUGAUUGCUUCAGUAGAAAGCAAUCCA